CCACUUUCGUUUAGACUGUUAGGUUAGGGGCUGCAGUUUUUGCUACUUAGCUUGUUAGCUGUGUGAGCUAUAUGUUUACUCAUGAGAACAUGUUAUGUUAAUAUAACAUAGAGCAUGCUAACAUGUAAAUUGCAUCGCUAAUGUUACAGCAGUUCAGGUACGGAAUCAAAACUUAAGUUGCUCACUGCUUAUUUGGAUUCGGUCUGCAAUCAUAACUAUCUCUUUCACAACUUGCCAGAGAGCUGGUUAGACUUCAUGAGUAGGGAAUUUGUCCACCUGGAGACGCAAUCACCAGUUCCCAAAUGAAGGGGGGCGUUGACACUGAUCUUGGACCAUUUUCAGAUGACCGUCAAUCGAUUUUUGACCCUUGCUCAAAGGCUUCCAGCAGCCUGAUCUCUGAACACGAGUUUGCCUGUCACUGCUGUUAUGACAUCCUGGUCAACCCUACGACACUGAACUGUGGGCACAGUUUUUGCCGACACUGCCUUGCCCUUUGGUGGGAAUCUUCCAGGAAGAAUGAAUGUCCGGAAUGCCGAGAGAAGUGGGAGGGCUUUCCCAAAGUCAACAUUUUACUGAGGGAUGCAGUUGAGAAGUUGUUCUCUAAUGUGGUGCACAGGAGGAGGGAGGAGAUUCAGACUAAUCCCAAAGUAGCCCAAAGUCUUCUUGCCUUCCAGAGGUAUGGGAAUGAGCAGGCUUCUCGAGGGGCCAUAUCAUCUGGACAGCGAAGAGGUGGAGGAGGAUUUUUCUCUGGAGUUCUUACUGGACUCUCUUGUGUGGCAGUUAUGUUGUUGGUGUAUCACUGGAGCAGCAGAGAAGCAGAGCAUGAUCUUCUAGUUCAUAAACCUGUAACAAAAUGGACUGCAAAUGAAGUCAUCUUCUGGCUGGAGAGCUUAGGACCCUGGACCUCUCUUUACAAGGAACAUUUCCUAAGAGAGCAAGUCAAUGGAAGGCUUCUGAUCAUGCUGGGAGAUGACGAGCUCUCGAGGCACCCAUACAGCAUUGAGAACCACACUCACCGGAAGGCUGUGUUGGCAGAGCUGGAGAGGGUUAAAGCUCUUGGAGUGAAGCCACCUCAGAAUCUUUGGGAAUAUAAGGCUGUGAAUGCAGGUAAAUCCCUAUUCUUCGUAUAUGCCCUGAAGAACUCCCCUCGGCUCACCAUUCUGUACCUCUACCUGUUUGACUACACGGAAACGUUCCUGCCUUUCCUGCACACCUGCUGUCCUGGGCAGAGGGCUGAGCAAGAGACUGAUGACCUUUUCCCUAAAGCUGUGCACGAUGACCCCACGUGGAAGCAGUGGACAGAGUUCCUGGUGAAGUACUUGCUCCUGCCGUACCAGCUGAUUGCCGAGUUUGCGUGGGACUGGCUGUCUGUUCACUACUGGACGGCGCGUUUCAUCAUCGUCAAUGCUGUGCUUCUGUCGGUGCUGGAGGGCUGUGCUCUCUGGAGGAUGUGGGCUCGGUCAGAGCUGAGGACUCUCCCUCAAAAAAUGUGGAGCCAUUUCUGGAAAGUAUCGACUCAAGGGUUUGCUGUGGCCAUAUUCUGGCCAGUUAUUCCUCAGUUUGUCUGCAACUGCUUGUUUUACUGGGCCUUAUACUUCAACCCCAUCAUAAACAUUGACCUCGUGGUUCAGCAAGUGCUUCCUCCAGAAACUCAAGUGCCAUAAGAAAUACCGGGAAGUGCCGGAGGGAUUCUGGUGAGGUUUAACGAGAGCGCAAUGCAAUGUGAAAUCAAUAUCAAAUUCCAAGUUUCAACUUGAUAUUUCUACCUGUGCCACGUUAGAAGAGAAAAUGACACAUCAGAUUUUUAUUGACUCGCUUGAAAGUGUAACAUACAAUGGCAGCUUUUAAAAUUGAGGUUUAAAGGAGAAAAGUAAUUUGUUGUUCAUUGUAAACUGAUCAAAUCAGUGUUACCAGGAGUCCCCAAUACACUUUGCUUCUUAAGAGUGGUUUAAGUUGAUAGUUCCCUGAGAUACAUGGAAGGCUACUGCUAAGCUCUUGGUUUGGAUGUCUGUUAUCAAAUGAACAACAGUCUUUAUUUUCAGGGAAGGCAUAUUACACAUUACAAGGAUAUAUAUUUGCCUGGAAAACUCAAUAUAAGUGUUAGUAUGACAGUUUUCGUAGCCUGUGUUGAAAACUAACUUAUCGCAAUAAGCAACAAAAGAUGAUGAUCAUUGUGUUGAAGCCUCCAUGCAAUGUUUUUAUUUUUUUUAAAGCAUUAAGAAAAUACAUUGAGUUUUAAAUGUUUCUGUAACUGUCCAUGUUAAUUUUAUGCAAUUGUUCAGCAUAGACAUCUUAUGUUUGUUCAUGAAUGUGUACCAAAAGUUGCAAUUCCCAGUGUCUCUCGAAGGGACGAUCAGAGGUUUUCUGUUAAUCUUAAAUGUUUGAUUAAUUAUUAUUCUUUUCUUUUUUUUCUUUUUUUUUUUUAACAUUUGAUUAUAUUUGCACUUAAAUACUGAUAUAACUGUGACUUAUUCAUGCACCUGGGUACUUUGUUUUCCAAAAUGAGUAAGUGUUUGAAAAUAUGAAUAAAGACUUGAAUUUUUAGAAA